CCGUUUAGAGGUGAAGAUCGGGGAACUUCCACGCGCCUGUUCGCUGCUGCGGCUGGUGUGCCGCGGAUUCUAGACUGCAGCUCCCAGUCCGCGGCGACAGGGCGAGGGAGAAGGAGCCCCGCAAACCAGGAAGGAGGCUCGUCCGGAGCGGCGACCCAGCUGCCGGAGGAACCCAGUAUGGUGUGGCCGCCGCUGCUGCUGCUGCCACUGCUGUCGCUGCCCUGGGUGCUCACGGAAGCUGGGACCGGGACGGUCGGCGUGCUGGCGCCCGCUCAGGUGCGGGGCCGCUUGGGCGACACGGUGGAGCUGUCCUGCAAACUGCAGCCGCUGGAGCACGAGGUGCGCGUGACGCAGGUGACGUGGACGCGGCGGAACGCGGCGGGGGACGACCUCAACGUGGCCGUCUUCCACCCCACCCAGGGCCCCAGCUUCCCUGAGCCCGGCCGGUUGGAGUUUGUGGCCGCCAGGCCGGGCGAGGAGCUGCGGGACGGGUCGCUGGCCCUGCGGGAGUUGCGCGCCGAAGAUGAAGCCAACUACACCUGCCGCUUCGCCAUGUUCCCCGAGGGCAGCAGGAGCGCCCGUACCUGGCUCCGCGUGCUCGCCCAGCCGGAGAACAAGGUCAAGACUGAGGAGGUCCCGCUCAGGCCGCUCAGCCCAGAGCCUGUGCCCGUGGCCUGCUGCGUCUCCAGUGAGGGUCGCCCGCCCGCCAAGAUCUCCUGGCCACACCUGGAUGAGAAGGCCAAUGAGAGCCAGGUGCCGGGACACCUGCCUGGCACGUUCACCGUCACCAGCCUCUUAACCUUAAUACCCUCAAGCCAAGCAGAUGGCAAGACUGUCACCUGCAGAGUGGAACAUGAGAGCUUGGAGGAGCCUGUCCUGCUGCCCGUGACUCUCGAUGUGCCUUACCCCCCCGAGGUCUCCAUCUCCGGCUACGAUGACAACUGGUACCUCGGCCGCAGCGAGGCCACCCUGAGCUGUGACGUCCGCAGCAAACCGGAGCCCACAGGCUAUGACUGGAGCACGACCAGUGGGUCCCUGCCACCCUCUGCUGCGGCCCAGAACUCGCAGCUCCUGAUCCAGACCGUGGACGAGUCCAUCAACACAACUUUCAUCUGCCGUGUCACCAACACCCUAGGGACUGGCCAGGCAGAACUGACCAUCCAGGUCAGAGAAGAACCUCCCAACCAGGUGCUACAACCAGGCUUGUCCACUGUGAGCAUCAUUAUCCUGACUGUGGGAGUCGUGGUCGGUGUGGCCCUGCCGGUGUUCCUGAUUUAUUCCCGGCUGUUCAGACGCCCCCGUCGGGACCAACACAGCUCCUCUGCUAAUGGCUAUGUCUCCUAUACGGUUGUGGACACCAACGUCAGCUCUUCCCAGGAUCCACCGAGAGAGCACCAGGUGACAGCGUCAGGACGGUUGGAGAGAGAGACUGGGGCUGGGGAGGACAUAGCCCUCGCAGCUGGCUCCUAGCCCCAGGGGAUGAAGUCUCCCUCCAAAGAAACUGGCCACCCUUCUCAUGCCAGACCUCAAGAAUGUCCCCCCUGCCCUGCAACGCAGUGACAGGUGCAAGUUCAAGUGCCCCCAUGACCCCUCUCAGAAGCAGUCAUUCACUGGAAGGAAUCGCAGCACUCAGGAAAACCGGUGUGCUCACGGUUACGGUUUAUUACUGUGAACGGCGGAGGUUACGGUCCACGUGGGGCACCAUCUGGGAGAGACCGGGCACCAGCUUAGUUGCACAGACAGCACUGAUUUCUCCCAGCAAUGAUGUGUGACAACACGCAGAGUCCUGCCAACCAGAGACACUCGCCUGAGCUCGGUUUCCAGGGUGUUUAUCAGGGGCACAUCAUUGCAGACCUGGCUCACCAGCCAUGGAGCUGACCUUAGUCUCCAGCACCACCCCAGGUCAGGGCCCCACCACGAAUCACACUGUUACCAUGGACUCUGGGGCAGCCCAGAGCCCCAGACGAAGACUCCUAUCAGCCAAGACACUCCAAGGGCUUAGGGGCCACUUCCCAGAGCCAGGGACAAAGGGCGCAAUCUCCCUUUGGGCAAGAUUAACCCUUUCCUGCCUCAGGUCCACACAGACUAUUCCAACUGCCAGAGAAUUUUUGUAAGAAUUUGACCGCCGACCUGGAGCUUCUAAAUCUCUUUAUCUGUGGCAUCCCUGUGGUUACAAGAAAAAGCCACAGACCCUUGUCCAGAAGAGAACCCAAGGCCGGAGCUCAGCCGCUCAGCGCUGUCCAAGAAGUGAGAACAAUGGCAGACGUGACCUUGAAAGAUGUGAGAUCCUGGCACCUUCUGCCAAGACUCAGGUCCCGGGACAGCAUGUGUAGCCAGCGUGCUGGGCUUGACAGGACCCUGGAGAAUGGGAGCCAGUCACCCACCGAGGAAAGCAAACGAGGAAGAAAUCCUGGGGGAGCAAAAGCAACAGCCGUGCAAGCCACACGGACAGCCCUCAGACCAGGGAGGAUACAGCCCAAGGUCCGGGAGGCAGACUGCCCAGGUGCAACGGAUCCAUUUCCUUUAUAAGGAACUCCGAUCUCGGGAGCAGGACCAGAAUUCCUCUUACUUUGAGACCCAUCUAUGGGGAAGUACUUGGCAGGAACUAAGACUGUGGGCCAGGACAUUAAACUCGAGCCUGAGGCAUGAGCUGCUGUGUAAGAGAACACAAGUUCUUGGGACCUGUGCUGGAUGGAGGGGAGAGAGAGAACAGAGAAGAAUGCGAGGAGUGAGGGGGUGGCAAGGCCCAUAGGGCUCCACGGCGUCAGGGAGGCAUUGCUGCUACAUAAACCCUUGUCCAUACCCAGCCCCAAAUCCUUUAUUAAAGUUAAUUUAUUACACCUUGAA